AUGGAAGAAGUGAGGCAGCUGGUGCAGGAAGAAGGGAGGGAGGCGAGAAACCUUGUGGCUUUCCAUGUUGCCGUGGAUACUCCAGCUCGGGUAUCUCGCAAACCUCCUCGCGCCCUGCCUCCCGCCCGCCGCGCAAUUCCGCAAACGACACGCCUUCGCUCCGCUUCCGCCGGUCGUGACAAACGCUCGGAGCUGCGGGCUCGCUAUUGGGCUCUAUUGUUUGGAGAUUUGCAACGAGCUGUUGGUGAAAUUUACAACACUGUUGAGACACACGAAAAUCUUAAUGAGUGCCAAGAAGUUAUAUUAGUACUGGAGAAUUACACGCGUGAUUUUAAGGCUUUGGGAGAAUGGUUCAGACUGAAAUGGGAAUAUGAUAAUACACCACCACCACAAAGACCACAGAGCUUAGCGUGGGAGAUCAGAAAGACUGAUUUUGUUAGACCAGAGUCGAGGAGAACCUUUUCUGUGAAAACUUCACCGUCUGUAUCGGGGAAGAAUAGUCCAUGUUUAUCUGGAUGUAACACGCCAAGUGGCAAAAAUAGCCCUAACUUGACAGGAAAGGCCAGUCCAGGUAGCGGUAAAAUCAGCCCGAGGAUUUCAUCUAACUCAAGCCCAAAAGCAGCUGUAGAAUUUUUUAGUAAUAAAAUUGCUGCCUCUAAAAUAGCAGCUAAACCUGAACCGAAAGUUGCUAAAGAAACUUCUCGACUAUCUGAUAUUAAAGAGAAAGAUGUAAAGGAGACACUAGAUGACAUUGAAACUGAGAAAAAAAUGUCAAGUAACAAAGAAUGUCAAAUAAAUAAGCAGGAAAUAAAAGCUAUUACUGUUGAAAUAGGUACAGCGAAGGAAUAUCAAAAUGCUUGCCCAAAGCAAGUUGUCAUUAGAUCACCUAAACAUGAUAAGUCAAAAACUACUAAGUGCAUAAAAACAACAGAUAACAUUUCUACCCAGGCUAAAAUAACUAUCGCUCAGUUAAAUGCGAUGGAAAAUGAGUAUUUAUCCAAAAAGCUUACUGAAAACGAGGUAAAGAAUAAUAAUAUAAUUAACAAGGAUAUCGAGAAAGAAAAAUUUUCUACCAACGAAAUUGGGAGUAUAACUGAUAAAACUGAAAAAAAAAAUGGGAAUAACAUUUUGACUGAAUCGCCUACACAAUCCGAAGAGAAUUUUGCAGAUAUAUCAAAUGAAAGCUCUCCCAAGUGCGAUAUAGAAAAAAAACAAGUCAAAAACAUUAACAUGAAUAAAGUACAAUCUGAAGUAAAUGAAAUUUCGGUGCAUGAUUAUAGCACUUUCAACGGUACAAUAGAUACGGCAAACAUAAAUAACUCAAUUAAAUUAACUGAAAUAGUCUCAAGCGACUCUGUAAUGAAUGAAAAAUCUAAAAACUUUGUUGAUACAGUAACCGUUGAUCAGAAAGAUAAUCAAUUAACUGAAAAAUUCCACGUUAUUAAUAAAGAUGAUAUCGAAACUAAACAACGCGAAAAUAAACCACGAUCUGAGGAGAUUCAAGAAAAGUUUUAUAACGUAAAUAAUAACGUUGACUCACUGGAAAAGUUUCUUAUCGAUUCCAUGUCAGAUACUUCGAAAGAAAAAUCAAUCAAUGAUAAGAUAAAAUUGGAUGAAACUACUAUAAAGGUUGACAAUAGCCAUAUAAUAGAGAGGCACCAACUAUAUCUAAGGAAUGAUAAAUGUAAUUGCGACAUAAUUAAUAAAUGUCCAGAUUAUGCAAUAAGUGCAUUCACGCAAGAAUAUAAUUUAAACAUAUUCAAUGAAACUGAACAAUAUAAAACAAAAACCGAAGGUAAAGAAACCGUAAAAGAAGUAACUAUCGACAAAGAUGAUACUAAAAAGUCUUAUUUGGAAACAAAACCAACUGCUAAGCCAGCUUAUUCGCAGGCAGCUGCUAAACCUAAGACACCCACUCAACCAACAAAAGUUGAAGUGAAAACUCCUACAAGAUUAGCUCGAAGUUCUACAGUUGUAGAAAUUAGGCCGAAUACUAGUGCUCCUAAAACACAACGAUCAUUCCAGAAAAAGAAUCAGGCAAGUAAAUGCAGCUAUCCGUUUAAUUUAACAACUGGCCGUAGUAGCCUUUUUGAUGGUACACCUAAUACAAGUAAUAAAGGAGCUAUUCCUAAACGAUCUGUAAAUAGAAAUAGUCAAAUUGCAUCCGGUGACGCUAAAAGUGUGCCAAAUAAAGAAAUUUUGAAGAAACGUCCUCCUAGACCGAAUUCACUUAAAAUAACUGAUAAAGUUGAUAAGAAAGAAUUGAUUUCAACCUUAGAAAAAGACAAAGAUAGAAUUAAAGAUUAUAGCAGUUCCGAUACAGUAGUACCACGCGUUGAUAUGACGAGAAUUGAAUCGAGUGAAAGUAUAAAAACUCUUGUGCCUGAAGAUCAUCAUGUUUUGCUAGAUAUUGCAAAUUCUAUUGAAGUUCUUAAUGUUGAUAAAAAUAAGAACGACAAUGAAGGUUGGCUUACAGUGAAAUCUAGGCGAUUGAGUCGUGAGUCAAAAAAGCACUUUAAAUCACAUUGGACUAAUAGAUUUCAUCAACCGUCCGCAACAACAAGUCUUCCUACAUUAAAUAUGUUGGAAUCCCCUAAACAGGAAACCAACGGUAUCGUUGAUUGUAAAGAAGUUAAAAUAGAUCGCGCAAAAUCAGAACAACCUCAACUUGGUAAUAAACAAGUUCAAAAAGUAGAAAAAGUUAGUAUAGAAAAACUUAUGCCAUACGAAUUGUUGUUGAACAAGGAAACAGUGAUAAAAGAUCAAAACUUACUCCUAAAUGGGAAGACUGAUACAAAAGAAAAACUGGUUUCAAAUGAAAAGUCUGUUUCAAAUAACAAUUUCGAGAAAACGCCGAAGUUAGAAAAGUUCGUGAUAGUUUCGGCCAAGCCAAAAUCUGAGAACAAACUAAGAGACCCCUCGAUGAUCAGACAAAAGUCGGAUGUAACUGGUUUAAGAACCAAAUCUUCGAGAAAUAAGGUUCUGACUAAAAGAGCGGAGAAAGUAAAGGAUUCUCAGAAAUGUGAUGAUGGUACAUCAGAUUUGACGAAAAACCGCCUGCAUUCGUCUUUAGAAAGCUUAACCACUGCUUUAGCAAGAUCGCAAGAGAGUACGGAAGAUGUGUUCGAUUUUGACAAGUGGAAGGAAGAAUUCAAAUCUACUUUCAAAUAUUUAGAAGACGAUGACCAAAUGUCUGAUCAAAAUGAGAUAUUGAAAGCGGCCGAUCCUUCUGAAAUGUCUGAAAUUGCUGAGAUGACUUCACAGAUCGAAGAGAAUGAAAGGAUAAUUAGUUGGGCCUUAGAUUUCCAAUCGGAAGUGGAUCAACGGAAACUAUGUGAGGAGGAGGAUUUAUUGAAUAGACAAAUUUUGGAACUUCAACAGGUUUCUGAUAUUGAAAUAGACACAGAAACUGAUGACACUGAAACAGACGCUGAAAUCCUUUGCGAGGAUCCACCGGCUCAAGUGUGCCUUACAGACAGUAUAGGAACUCUAACAGCAAGUCUAGAAGACCAAUAUGAAACUGCUCUGGCCGGCAUGUCCUGGGCAGAACGAGUCGAUACUUUGGUGGUUUUAGAAGCUUUAGUUGCUAGAGAUCCUGGUAGAGCACAACAGCUUCACGCUAAACUAUCACAAGGAAUAAAACGCCGUGGCAGUUUGCAAGAUGCUUUACGAAGGCUUCAAGCUAAACAGGCUAGGGCCGAGCGCCAAAGACUAGAAUAUCAGACAGAACGAGCUAAAAAGAUACAUCAGCUAUUAGGACGUGUUGAAGAAGUUAAGGUGGCUAAAAAUCAAUUGAUAGAGGAAAAGAGAAUGAGAAUGGAGAGGCGUCUUCAGAAGGCUGCAGAAAAUAGAGAUCAGCAUUUGAAGGACAUUGUACGUAAAGCACACGAUGAAGAGGAAAAGCUACGAGAGAUCGCUUUCAUCAAACAGUUAGAGGCUGAGAACAAACGACACGAGUUCCUAGAGCAGUGCCGGACCCACAACACUAGAUUGCGGCAGAUGAGAAGAGACAGGCUGCACAAAUUAGAACAAAAGUCAGCGCGCGAGGCCGCGGUAGGCGCCAGACGUCAAGCUUUAGAGGCGGCGCGUAAACAGCAUGUAGAGAACUUACUGGAGAGACGCAAGGAGCGGGACGCGCGGGUCGAAGAACUGAAAGAGCUGAAGAAACAGGAGAGAGACGAUGCUGCUAGGGAAAAAGCAGAAGGAGUCAAAUCCCGUCUGUCAGCACUGGCCGCGGCCGCGGAAUUGGAAGCGGACGCCCUUCGGUCUCGAAUUCGAGACAAACAAGAUGCGAGCCAACAAAGGCUCGAGUCGCAUUUGCAAGCUAUUCGAGAAAAGGCGACCGGCCCGAGACAAGCGACUACAUCUGAAAGUCAAGAUCAUACCAAAGAGUCUGAAGCGAUGGCCGAAUCCGUCAAAUUGGAAAUGGAGAGGAAAGAGCGAGAGAAACAGAAGAUUAUCAAGAAGAAGGCGAGGAAGAUAAAGCAAAAGCUACUGCUUUCAAGCAACAUGAAUCCGAUGCUCGACGAUAAUAUAUCAACGCUCGACCCAUUCCUAAACCAAGCGAGCAGCAAAGUAUACCGAGCUAUAAGUUCCAUACGUCAAAUCGUCGUCCCAUAUCUUGUGGAGACCAGAAUGAUCAACGGCGUCAUAGAAGGAGGCGAAUGCUCUAACAGUGGCGCCAGCAAGAAGAAGAAGAAAGUAAAAGCUGAAGUAAAAAAUGAACCGGAAAAGCAAAAUGAAGCCAAAAACAAACGCACAAAUGCAAACACAGACUUGAGGACAGAACCAAGUACUAGUACAGCAUAUCCAGCAGAAGCACAUUCCAGUAAGCAAGACAACGCUGAUGUGUCAGAAACAGCUAAGGAGUCCAAAAAGAAGAAAAAGAAGAAGAAGAACUUAGAAGAAAACCCAACAACGUGUGUAGCGAGUUCUGUCUGUAGUUCUAUGAGCGACAUGAGCAGGACAAGUUGCAGGAGUGACAGAAACGUUAAAGUCGAUAUAGAUUUGCCGUUUCUGGAGAAACAGGUCAAUGAACUUUAUCGUUUAAUGGAGAGAUAUGAAAAGAAUAACAUGUUCCAAAAAGUGGCAGUCCAAAGGCUCCAAGUGUUAAAGGUUGUAUCACAAAUGCUCGCGGUUGCGGCCGAGAAGGAAGACCUCAAUCCACCUAUGUCAUCAAAGUGUCUUACAACUGGCGUAAUGCUCAUCACACUUGUCGUAACUUCGUACAGUGCAUUGGCAACUCAACUCCUCUGCACCAACACCUGCGUACACCUGACAACGUUGCUGGCUAGGCAAAUGGAAAAAGACUUACUAUCCGACGUGAGGGAAAUGGAGUUAGCGAAACAUCUCUGCGACUGUUUGUCUUUGACAUUGGACACCGUGCUAUCUGCUACCCGGCGCUGUGAGGGCCCCGGGAACUUCCCUCAGCGAGAGGUUGAGAGUGUGGCCGUGUUAAGGAAUAGAGCACAUCAGCUGAUCUGCUAUAUCUGUCUAAGCGGCGUGCUGGUGUACUCGGUUACGACCGGUGAGGUGCGAGAAAACAUUCAGACCCUACUAACGCUAUGCGCCGACCUGUGCCAUCCAUUUGACACCGAUAUCGGAUCAGAUCGUGAUAACGCGAGGCAAGCACUCCGACUUGCAUUUGGCAAAAGCAUAUGCGGUACACGGGCGGAGUUCUGCAUGUUGUUCGCCAGGGGAGCAUCUUUGGGAGAAUGCGGGGACUUCGUCAAAGCCGCCAGGACCUCGCACCUGCUAAGGGCUAUUGCGGAAAUGGAUCAUCAGAUUGUGCAGGACGCGUUCGGCGAAGCUGGCUGGAGUCUAGAAUUCAGGGCCGCAGUUGCUAGGCUAUUAUCCCAACAUGCACCUAACGAGAGGGAGGCGCCUCGGACAUCUACUUUACGAUUCAGCAACCAGAGGCUGGAUCAAACUUUGUCCGAGACGAUGGUACUGGAUCUCAUAGUACUAGUUGGAUUCGUGAUUGUAAACAACGCUCAGUUACAGGAAACCAUCUGCGAAGGCUGGAGCGUAAUAAAGAUGCUCUGCACUCUACCCGCGAACUGGCUCGUGUCUGAAUCUCGAAGCCACGCGUUGCUGCCAACUCUAAUCGCUCUAGCAGAUCGACCGCAGUCUGCCGCCGCUAUUGCCUCUGAAAUGAGCAUGAGCAUAUUAGAAGAAUUCUUGGAGAAUCCGGCAUAUCAGAAAAUAAAGCUAAUAAAAGUAAUCAAACAGUCAAGAAUGAAGAAGAAUUCCGGCAAGAAGUAAGGAACACUUACAACCAACAUGUAAUCACUAUCUAUAACUAGUGUUGAAAUAACAAUUAACAACUAAAAUCGAAUUUAAGACUAAUAAAUAAUAGUCCAGGCAUAGUGACAAGUAUGAAUGAGGCACAUUUUUGUGAGUUUAUUGCUGCAGUAUUUCUAAACUGGCUGAUGUCUAGUCUGGUUUGGCUUUGGUAGCGACUAGUUACCUGCUAUGUAACCAAUUAGUAAAUAAGCGUUCCUGCACGAUGUCGUAUAGAAACAUAUAAAAAGUAUGAGGUUAAAAAAGUGCCAUACCGCUUUAACCCUAUAAAGGUUGAACUACUACACAACCUACUGUCAGUUGAGACUAUAGGCAAGGAGUUAUGACAGUUGACUUGGCCUGUCAUGGUGACAAUUCUGUUGUACAUACAACUCCUAACUAAACUAAAUUUACGUGUCUAAAAAUAAUGCUAUCCUUUUCCAGGGGAUCCAAAGUGAAAACAUACUCGUAGCACUACUUUUAGAUUUGCCAAUUUAGAAUAGAAUAAGGAUUUGUAUGUAAGAAUCGGCACUGUAGGCAGUGUUCUUUUAAUAUAAGAUAAUGUAAAGGCAUAUUUAGAAAAAUUACAAACUAAUUUUUGUUUAACAAUAACAUAUUGCUUGUUCGUAUUAAACACCUGGAUUGAGAAUGUUUUUUUUUUAUAUACAAAGUCGAUAAAUUUCGGUGUACCUACUUUAUGCCGAAAGAAAUAUUAUUAUUCAACCAAUAAAAUCAAUACCUUUUUAUCUCGAAUAAGAAAAUAGUCAGUAUACACAUUACAUUCAAGACGAUAACAAAAUGCCACAAUGAAAUCUUAAAUGAAGUUUACAUUAUUUACUUCAACACAUACUAUGUGACUAAUAAAACUCUGAAUACACCUAAAUAUAGAGAAAAUAAGGUUGGUCGAAAGAAAAUUACACCGUUUAUGUCAUUUUAUUAUACGGUGGGCCCGCAUUGGAAAACCAUUUUUAAAAAUCAUUUUAAAAUUUGUUGCAUGUAUCAGUCGAUCCCACCGGUGUUUCGACGCUUCACAAUGUUCUUAAACAUUGAAACAAAACUAAGCAGUUUCUUUUUUAUGUUCUCGAACAAUCUACAGCUUCCAAGAGGGCAGCAUCUUCACAAUUACAAAGAGUUUCAUGUUAUGCUUAUCAUGUUUAAAUAUUUGUCAAAAUUUACCGUGUAUGCUGAAAUUUAUUAAAUGCCAAAUUUAUGUGUUACUUUGCAACAAACGGUAUUAUAGUUUAUCUGUAUUUCUAUAUGUUUUCUAUCUAUGCAAGUUUCUACCUAAAAUCUUAAACCUCAGAAUUAUUAGAUGUAUUAAAAUAUUUUGCUAGUCCUGAUCUAUGUCCCUGUGACCCUAAAAUGCUUUCUUAUAUUGUAUGUAGUGUUUUGAAUGAUAUAAUAUAUUCGGGAUAUACUUAUUAGUAUCCAGUAUACAAUUUAUAUGUGUAAUGUAUAUUUACUUAUAGUUAAUUUUAUUAUUUAAUAUAAUAGUAAUUACGGAUAUGAUGUUAUUAAUGUGGUGACUAUAGUAGAGAUUGAUUAAAAUUCUUAACCGAUUUUCAAAUAGGUCCAAUGAUUUUUCUUAAUUCAAUAUAAAAAUAGGUCCUAUAUUUCUAGUUCAUUUAAGUUGUGUAAAUGUAUUUUGGAAAGGUUUAGUAUUCUUUUGAUGAUAACAAUAAAUUUGUAUAAUUUUUAACAGAAAUGUUUAACCGAACCGAACGAUUAUUCCUUUCGUUUUAACUUUUGUACUUUUUGAACGGUAAAAGGCCUGCUACUGGUUAAAGUAACUACUUACAAAAUUAAUUUAAAACUCAAAUUAAUUGUCACAAAUUAUAGUUACGGGGGUAAAUGGUUUAAAUUGUAGUGUAUCCCAGUCCCAGAUUAUAUUACUGAGUAUUAGAUUGCUUUCGAAUCAUAUAAAACGUAUACUUAGAUAAUAGAUGUUGUUGAUAUACCUACCUAGCUGUCGAUGUUACGUGUUGUAUCGAACCAAAUAUCAUAAAAGUAAAAUAUUUACCCAAAAAUUACUAGCCUACAUUCACCAUUCAACAAUGUUAUGUCGUUACUGUGUAGUGUGUCUUACCUUUUUGAUGUCUCUAUACAUAUUUUUCUAUGGAUGUAAACUUUAAACCAUUUGCAAGCAUCUAUUUAAAUUUUUGAACGUCGGGUGUUGGUUUUCAUUUUAUAUAUAUAAUAAGCAUAUUUAAUUUGAGCUAUCCACUUAACUAAUAAAUUAAUUUAUAAUCGCACAAAUGUCAGGAAAAAUACUAUUCUUCUAUAACAUUUUCAUGAACUUUAGAAGAGUGCUAUCCUUAAAAAAUGUGAUCAGCUUAGUUUUCUAUGUGAGAAUAUUAUCAACUUUUUGUUUGCAAUUAUAAUUUUUUUAUGUCGUUAAUGAAUAAUAUUUGUUAAGUAUUUAUUUGAGUAUUAAUUUAAAUUAUUUUAAGCUGGUGCGUUAAAUGCAUGAAAUAUUUAAAACGAGUUGGCUAGGAGUGUGCCUUGCAGAUCAGCUGAAUGUUUAUUCUAGUAAAUUGAAAGGGAAAACUAAUUUAGGUAUUAAAUUAUAGGAAUGCUGUGAUAAAAGGAGAAUAGGCAUUAAAUUGUUGGAAAACAUUUUGUAUUUGAAUAGAAAUGUAGAUUACGGCUGAUUACGAUGCACACAAUCGAAUGCUUUAGUCAGGAUAGUGAAGUAUUUUUUUCCAAUUUCGUUAUUAUUUUGUGAUAAAUAUCUUUUUUUAUUUUUUUUUAUAA